GGCACCGCGCGUGGCCGUGGGCCCCAACGCCUUCGCCCCGCGGCGGAUGGCAGCGGGCUGCGUGCGGGCUGCCAUGGCUCUGGGGCUCUCCUCCAAGAAAGCGUCCUCCAGAAACAUCGCCGUGGAGAGGAGAAACCUCAUCACCGUGUGCAGGUUCUCGGUGAAGACGCUGCUGGAGAAGCACACAGCUGAGCCCAUCGACGACUCCUCCGAGGAGUUUGUCAACUUCGCCGCCAUCCUCGAGCAGAUCCUCAGCCACCGCUUCAAAGCGCCGUCCCCAGGCCCCGUCAGCUGGUUCAGCUCAGAUGGGCAGCGUGGCUUCUGGGAUUACAUCCGCCUGGCCUGCAGCAAGGUGCCCAACAACUGCGUCAGCAGCAUCGAGAGCAUGGAGAACAUCAGCACCUCCAGGGCCAAGGGCCGGGCGUGGAUCCGCGUGGCGCUGAUGGAGAAGCGCAUUUCGGACUACAUCACCACGGCACUGCGGGACUCACGGACCACCAGGCGGUUCUAUGACGACGGGGCCAUCAUGCUGCGGGAGGAAUCCACGCUGCUGGUCGGGAUGCUCAUCGGGCUCGGCGCCAUCGACUUCAGCUUCUGCCUGAAGGGCGAGGUGAUGGACGGCAAGGUGCCGGCGGUCAUCGACUACACGCCGUACCUGAAGUUCACACAGAGCUACGACUACCUGAGCGAGGAGGAGGAGCGGGGCAGCAUGGGGAGCAGCACCAGUGAGGACAGCUCGCCUGAGCACCCCUACCUGCCGCUGGUCACCGACGAGGACAGCUGGUACAACAAGUGGCGCAAGAUGGAGCAGAAGUUCCGCAUCGUUUACGCCCAAAAGGGGUACCUGGAGGAGUUGGUGCGGCUGCGGGAGUCGCAGCUGAAGGACCUGGAGGCGGAGAACAAGCGGCUGAAGCUGCGGCUGGAGGAGGCGGUGGUGCAGAACCAGCUGGAGAAGAAGGAGCUGGAGGGCGUCAUCCUGGAGCUGCAGGAGCAGCUGACGGGGCUGAUCCCAUGUGAGAACCCCCAGCUGGCGCAGCUCUCCAAGGAGAUGGUGACACCUUUGGUGAACCAGUGGCCAUCGCUGGGGACGCUCAACGGCAACGAGAGCGGCUCGGACAGCAAGCUGUACAGGAGGCACAGCUUCGUGAGCACCGACCAGCUGUCGGCCGAGAACAGCCUCAGCUCCGACUCCCAGCGCCUGGGCGAGGGCAAGCGCGAAGGCGAGCCCUGGGGGCCCUUGGGGAAGGACCCCACGCCCUCCAUGCUGGGGCUCUGCGGCUCCCUGGCCUCGCUGCCCAGCUGCAAGUCCCUGGCCAGCCUCAAAUCCAACGAGUGCCUGGUGAGCGACAGCAACGAAGCCAGCCCCACCCGCAGCCCCAGCUGAGACCCCCGGCCCCCCCGUCCGGCAGCGCCGCGGAGGACUGAACCUCAUCCCCUCCUUGCUGGGACCGACGCAGGAUGAAGGACGCAGAGCCGUCGGGACGGGGAUGGGACGCGAACGCCCCCAUAUCCACCGAGCUGGGCAGGGGGUGAUGAACUGUGCGGCACGGGGAACCCUGGAGAACGCUGCUGGGUGCAGAGGAGGGGUCUGGGGUCAAACACCCCCUCCUCAGCACCCGUGGGACCCGACUGCUUCUCCUGCAACACCAUCCCCGAAACUGAUAGGAACCCGCUCCCCUCCCGCCCCCUUCUCCCUUUGGGUUUGGAUUCAACCUCAUCUUGCCUUGUUGGUGCAAAAGGAAUCAAUAAACGCAGCGAUAGGA